GUGUGUAGCUGACGAGAACAAGAGUCGGGAAGAGCGAGCGAGAGUAAAGAGAGAGAGAGGCGCCAACAACACUUGUGGUGGAAAUCGCCCCAACACCCACCCAUGCCAUUAACAUGGAGAAGAGGAUAGAACUCGAGAAACGGGGCAGGAACCCGGCCAAGAUCACAGAGCUGAUUUUGGACAACUGCAAAAGCACUUCUAUAGUGGGUCUGAGUGCGGAGUUUGAAAAUCUCGAGGUCUUGAGUCUCAUUAAUGUUGGUUUGACAUCACUCAAAGGGUUCCCAGCUCUUGCAAACCUUCGUAAGCUAGAGCUAAGUGACAACCGCAUCCAAGGGGGUCUGAGUGCACUAACAUGCCUUCCUAAACUUGCAUACUUGAACCUCUCUGGCAACAGGAUUAAGGACAUUGAAACACUUGAACCUUUGAAGGACCUGAAAAGCUUGGUGACGUUAGAUCUCUUCAGCUGUGAAGUAUCAGUGCUAGAGAAUUACAGAGAGAAAGUAUUUGCCCUUAUCCCCUCUCUUGUGUAUUUAGAUGGGUUUGACAAAGAAGAUAACAGUGAAGAUGAAGAUGGAGAAGAAGAAGAAGGUGUAUUGGAAUAUGAUAAUGAACAAGAUGAGGACAUUGGAGAAGAGGAGGAGGAUAUAGAUGACAUAAAUGAAGAAGAAGUUGAGGAGGAGGAGGAAGAGGAUGAUGAUGAAGAAGAUGUGCCUCUUGAUGCCCUGUACAAAGACUAUAAUCCUAGUGGUGAUGAUGAUUAUGAGGCAGUUGAAGGUGAGGAAGAGGAUGAUGAUAUUGUUGAAGAGGAGGAGGAGGAAGAAGGUGCAAACAACCGAGGUCAGAAAAGGAAACUGGAAGAUGGGGAAGAUUAGUCACUUACACCGUAGAGAGAGAGAGAGAGAGAGAGAAAGUCAUGGCUACCUGUUGAGUUUAGGGCAUUAUAGAGGGUGAGUGAAGGUGAUGCUUUUGUGAAGCUUUGCCUAUAAAGACAAGGUAAUGUGAGGUGUAGUAUAUUUAAAUAUUUAUGUGUGGGUAUAGUAUGCAUUAUAUUUAUAUGAAAAUAUACUUUCUGAAAGCAUUUUUAAGUUUUAAAUCUGGAAUUAGUGUGCUGAAGUAAAUUGUUUUCAUCCCCAACCCCAGAAUAAGCAAAAGGUAAAAAGAAGUGAAGGUAUUAUAUGCAGUGCAUUAGACAAAAUAAUGAUAAUUAUAUUGUCUCUCAUGUCUUUGUACAAUUCAAGUGCCCUCCCCAUCCUUUUACCAAUAAGUAGUUUGUAGGAAAUAAAAAAACCUAUUUUUAUGGUUAUUGGGACUCUGUUAUACUACACCAGCACUAUCUAGUGGCACUCACCCUUAUUUGGCACGAAUGGAAUAUAUCUGGGCUGAACUGGAAGGUUGUAUCAAAUCUUAUUCUUAUGACCAACCAGUUACAAAGUUCUUAAGAGGAAAUAAUUUAGAUGUCAUUAUCAUUACCCAUAUGAUAUAUAUUUUAAAGAAGUAAAUGAGCCAAAAGACAUUAGGCAGCUACUAGACUGCUGCACUUUAGUGCACAGGUCUUGUGGAUGCAGACAGGCCAGUAAGUGCCUGGUCAUUAAGGGUCCCCCCCCCCCCCCUUUAUUUUUUCACUUUUUUUCCAACAAGUUUGGAUCCGAAGUUCAGUCUUAGAUGCUCUAAGUCAUUUAAAGAAAUAUGUUUUUCAUUUGAUGUUUGUCUUCACAUUUGUUAUUAUUAGUCUUGGGAAUGUUGUCUGGAACUAAGCUUUAUCUGUUUGUUGUUCAAAAGAAUGGUUCGGUUUUUAACAAAUUUAAUGCCAGCAAUAAUAAUUUGAUUUAUGAUUGGUGUACUCUAUAUUUAUAUGAAGUUAUUAAAGGAAUGUAUAUAUGAAAUAACAGCUAGAGUUAACACACAACACCAUUGGUAAGUGUAAGGAAAUGUCUAAAUGGCUACUAUAAUUUUUUUUAAUUUUCUUACUACAUAUAGUAGCAAAUUGUUAUGGUGUAGUGCAAAAUAUAUAUAUAUAAAUACACUAUAUAUAUUAUGCCUGCGAGAGACUCAAUAUGGCUUGGCAAGACUUAUGUCAUGGCUGCUGAGGUACAGGUUGGGUCAGUGGCAUUAAAGUUAUUUGUUCUUGCUUGGCUUAUCUCACAUUUCCUGCCAAGAUAUAUAUUCUCUCUCUCUCUCUCUCUCUCUCUCUCUCUCUCUCUCUCCCUCUCUCUC